AUGCGCUCCAAGCUUCACGUUGUCGCCACUAUGCUGGCUCUGAGUCUCGACGUUUCGCCAGCGUCCGCUGCUCUUAACUUAGUACGGACCUACAGUGGCUCGAACUUCCUCGACCAAUUUUACUUCAGAGAUACAGCCUAUUUCCACAGCAUAGGCAUUGAGUCGGGUGACCCAACAGAUGGCUUCGUGGACUACCAGUCGGCGUCAGCCGCAUCGUCCAAGGGCCUGACCAAAGUCCAGUCAAACGGCCAAGUAUACAUCGGCGUGGAUUCCACCACCAAGCUGUCAACCUCAGCCCAAGGCCGAGCGUCGGUGCGCCUGGAGUCCAAGGAGACAUUUGGCACAGGGUCUCUCUUGGUGGCCGAUAUUGCGCACAUGCCAGCAAACCAGUGCGCUGUCUGGCCAGCCUUCUGGUCGUACAACUUCGGGGAGAACCCCAUGGGCGAGAUCGACAUCAUCGAGGGAGGCGGCGCCGCUGGGUUGCAGGAGAGGAAUAUCGUGUCGUUGCAUACCUGCAGUGCCUGCCAGUUCACGAAAAUUGGAGGCACAGAUGAGAGGGCGAACUGUGCACUUGGUGGGGACUGCAGUGAUGCUUCAACCAACUGGGACGGAUGCGGCUCAACAGGCAACGCCCAGUCAUACGGCGACGCCCUGAACUCCGCAGGAGGCGGCGUCUACGCCACCUACCUGCAAGACAACCGGCUGCGCAUCUGGUCGUGGCCCCGGGCCUCCGUCCCGGCGGACCUGACCAGCGGGUCCCCCAGCCCGGAGGGCUGGGGCACGCCCUCGUCGGACUUCAAGACGUCCGACGGCGGCUGCAACAUCGGCGACAACUUCCAGGCGCAGACCAUCAUCAUCAACACCGACUUUUGCGGCUCCAUGAUCGACGAGGGCACGUGGAAGGCCGUGACGUCGUGCAGUAGCCAGGCGAGUACCUGCGCCGCGUACGUGGCCGGCAACCCCGGCGCCUUUGCCGACGCGUACUGGCUGUUCAACUCUAUCAAGCUCUACCAGUCGUAG